UGUGCUAGUUUAAAUGGCUCAGCCAACAAAGCUGCAUCCACAAGGUUAUGGCACAGAGUACAAGCUAGAUGAACCAAACUCCAUGACGCCAACGGUGAAUAAGGUCUUCUCAGGAAAUGGAUCUAAUUAAUCAGCAAUCUGGUGUUUUUAAAGAGUCGAAUGGCUUUAAAGAUAAAGACCCAGACUGCCAGCAUGGUUCAGAGACAGAGGAAGAACCUUUGCUCCGGGAAAACCCCAGACGGUUUGUCAUCUUCCCCAUUCAGUACCCCGACAUCUGGAAGAUGUACAAGCAGGCACAGGCAUCUUUCUGGACAGUGGAGGAGGUUGAUCUAUCCAAAGACUUGGCACACUGGGACCGUUUGAAACCUGAGGAGAAACACUUCAUCUCCCAUGUUCUAGCCUUCUUUGCCGCAAGUGAUGGCAUCGUCAACGAGAACCUGGUGCAGAGGUUCUGCCAGGAGGUGCAGGUCCCUGAAGCACGCUCCUUCUACAGCUUCCAGAUCCUUAUAGAGACCGUUCAUUCAGAGAUGUACAGCAUGCUCAUCAACACUUACAUCAGGGACCUGAGGGAGAGAGACUACUUAUUUAAUGCCACUCAGACCAUGCCUUGUGUGAAACGAAAAGCAGACUGGGCCCUCCAGUGGAUAAAUGACAGCAAAUCCACAUUUGGGGAGCGAAUUGUGGCGUUUGCAGCAGUGGAGGGCAUCUUUUUCUCCGGCUCAUUCGCUGCCAUCUAUUGGCUCAAGAAGAGAGGACUAAUGCCUGGCCUUACCUACUCCAAUGAGCUGAUUAGCAGGGAUGAGGGCCUUCACUGUAACUUUGCCUGCCUGCUGUACAGCUACCUGGUGAAGAAACCAUCAGAGGACCGGGUUAAAGACAUAAUCACCAAAGCUGUUAGCAUUGAGCAGGAGUUUUUGACAGAGGCCUUGCCGGUGGAUCUCAUUGGAAUAAACUGUUGUCUGAUGAAGCAGUACAUUGAGUUUGUGGCCGACCGGCUUCUCGCUGAACUCGGACUGGCCAAGGUAUACCAAGCUGAGAAUCCAUUUGACUUCAUGGAGUCCAUUUCACUAGAGGGGAAAACCAACUUCUUUGAGAAACGUGUAGCAGAGUAUCAGAGAUUUGGGGUUAUGUCAAGCAUGAUGGACUGUGAAUUCACUCUGGAUGCAGACUUCUGACACUGAGAUGACACCAUGUUACAUAUUUGUUACAUUUCACCUGUUUUAUUAACAGUAUAAAGUCUUGUUUCAAAGCUAUUUGAGUAUUACAAAGGACAAAUUAAUGGUUGACAGGUUAAAGCUGCACUCUUCCAGUAGACAUGUCCAGCCUUUUGGCAAUAGGGAUUGAGAAUUACACCUUGAGUUAUUUAGCAGCCAAUAUAUUGCAGUUUGCAAAGCAGAAUAGGAUGAACGAAUGGACCUGUCAAGCCGUGCUUAUAGCGAUUUUUGACCUUGACAUGCUACAGGGCACACAUAAGACCUAAGGUUUGGUGAAAAAUAAAUAAUUAGUCAGGUUAUUAUUGUAAAUUAUUGUUCUGUACCUCAUUGGACAUUAGAAGAUGGUUAAUAUCUAGAAUAUAUUUUAUUGAGUCUGCAGUCCUGGCUGCUGGCUUAUAUGGUGAAUUGUUUUCACAUUUUAUAAAGUUUUCAUGUACAAUAAAAUGUUUCUUAAAAAAUC